UAAGCUUUUUUACCCAAGGAAAACCGGUUUUGAAGGUUCCAACGAUUACUAUGUGAUGAGAAAAAAAAUAUUUCAAAUUUAUUCUAUAUUUUUCCAAGCAAAAAUGUGUCAUACGUAUGUCAUCAUGCCGGAAAAUUGUUAUUCCUAUACAGCUACUGCCAGUAUUUCAAAUUUUGAAAACCUUACGAGGAUCCACUGGUAUCAGCUUGAGUCAGGGACCACCGACUUACGAGUCGGUUGCCGCCUUUCCCAAAGAUGAUAGCAAAUCAUGUAAGGCUAUGCAGUUUAGUCCUGAAGGAAGGUACUUCGCCUGGUGCAAUGGUCAAGUCUUAAAAAUAAUCCUAUGUGAGACCUGGAAGAUCAUUGCUGAAAUUAAAAGGCCAAAGAUUUGGUCUUUCCAAUUCUCUAAACUUGGCAAUUAUCUUAUUACCUGGGAACAAUUCAUUGCAACUCCAGCUAAUCCUCAAGGCAGCCCGAACCUGCAUAUAUGGAAAUCAGAGAAUGGUGAACUUGUCAAAAGUUUCAUCCACAAGAAACAAACAGACUGGGAGCCCCAAUGGUCAAAUGAUGAGAAAAUUUGCGGUAUGCUAAUAAACAGUGAUGUAGUCUUUUACGAGGAUGCCAAUUUUGAUAAGAUCGUCCACAAGAUACACGUGGCGAAAGUUGCAAAGUUUAGCAUUUCACCAAACCCUGCGCCAUACCAUAUUUUAUGUUAUAUGCCAGGGAAAUCCGGCCAACCUUCCUUUGGAAGACUUUUCCAGUAUCCUAAAUUUGAAUCAACUCAAUCUCUGGCGAACAAAAGUUUCUUCCAAGCCGAUCGAGUGGACAUCUAUUGGAAUCAACGAGGAACCAGUGUCCUUCUUAUGACCAGCACUGAAGUGGACAAAACUGGUGCUUCCUACUAUGGCAAACAAACUCUGCAUUAUCUUGGAACGAAGGGCGAGACUGCUAUGGUUAUGCUUAGUAAAGAAGGUCCUAUUCAUGCCGUCGAAUGGUCACCGAAGCAAACUGAAUUUUGCGUAAUAUAUGGUCUGAUGCCGUCCAAAGCAACGCUGUUUAAUCUUAAAUGUGAACCGAUCUUCGAAUUCGGAGCAAAGCAUCGAAACAGCAUUUAUUACAAUCCACAAGGGAACAUUCUUCUUUUGACCGGGUUUGGAAACUUGAGCGGUGGUUCCGUCGAAUUGUGGGAUACAGUAAAUAGAAAGAUUAUCGCAAAGACGGAAGCACCGGACACCACGUUACUUCAGUGGUCACCGGACGGUGAACAUUUUCUCACUGCCACAACAGCACCCAGACUUCGAGUGGGUAACGGUUUCAAAAUCUGGCAUUAUACUGGAACUUUACUGUAUGAGAGACCGUGGAAUAAGCAAGAAGAAUUGUGGGAAGUGCAAUGGCAGACUUACCCAGCAAAUACAUUUCCCGAGAAAGCCAUCAGUUACAAAGCUGUAGAGGGUAUAGCGCCUAGUCAACCACAGGCAUCAAAGCAAGCGUACCGCCCACCUUCGGCGCGAGGACAAACCAUUACUUUCAAAUUACACGAUGAUGAAGACUAUGGAUCAAAAUCAUCAGACACGAAUCCAUCGAAAGCGGCGCUGAAGUCCAAAAAGAAACGCGAAGCAAAAAAGGCUAAGAAAGAAUCGGAAGGAGUUACUUCACAAAACUCAAGUACACCCAAUGGUCAAGUCAGCCCGACACCCACUAAAUCUCCAAACACUACUGCCACGACUAAUCUAGACUUAACUGGCGAUCCGGAGAAAGAUAAGAAAAUUAAAAAAAUAAAAAGCAAAUUGGAGCAAAUAGCAAAGCUCAAAGAAUUACAGUCAUCUGGCAAGCAAUUAGAAAUAAAUCAACUGGACAAGAUUAAAAAAGAAGCCGAAUUGACGAAAGAAUUGCAAAAUUUAGUUUUGUGAUGGAAUGAGUAGAAAGUUGAGAAGAAGAACCAUGUGGACUUCCCGACUUGCUGGACGAAUCUGAAUUGCGAAAACGCUCCAUCUUGUGGUAGCUCAAUCGAAUUUAAAAAUUGAAUGAAAAUAUUGAAGAAUACGAUGUUCAAAUUUCAAUGAGUUUUAUACGUUGGAGCCAAUUAUUUGAAGAUUUUUCGUAUUUUGUAAAAUUUAGCGACUUUCAAUAUCGGUUUGAAAAUCGAACUGCAAUUACGAAGAACGCAACGCGUUCGUUAAAAAUGGGUGCUAUGACGAAUAGAAGAAUAAUUUCUAACACUUUUCUCUUGUGAGAAUAUGAAGUUAACUAAACAAGAAAUUAAUUAUUUCCUGUCCUAUCCGCAAUGCUCGGACGACUUCGGUUGAUGGGAGAGGACGUUCAAUUCUUUUAAUUUUUAUUGCCUUAUUGCUCACUUCUCCUAAAACUGAAUUUUUGUCGAAAUCUUGACUUACAUGUCUAAAUGUAUACGGUGAAUGUAUCGAUCAUACAAUAUACACUUAGACUAUACCUAAGAUACAUAUGUAUAUAUACAUCUAGCACGUCACAUAAGUCGUAUUUAUACGCAAUAGGCGAUUGAUUUUUGACCUUGACGGGAUAGAAAGUACAUUAACAUUUAAUUUCUUAAAUAAGAGAUAUUGUCUCUCUAAUAACGUAUUAGAAAUUUUAUUAGAAUCACUGGAAUAAUAUGGAUAUAAUUUUCACACUUUACACAGUAAGUUAAAACAUUAAAUCGUGAAAACCCUUUUUAUUAAGACCUAACAUUGUUUGCUAAACAUUUCAAAUGACAGAAGAUAUAUGUUCUAGAAGUGAAAGUAAUUUUUUAUACACUUUAUUGUCUCUAAUUUUUUAAAUUAAGUUAGCCAUUCAAUCGAUGAGUCGUCAGUGUACGUAUAUGAUAAACAGAGCUUAGUCGCUGUCAAUAAAUAAUAUCCUUAAAAUUAUAAGUGUAAAUUUCAAGCGUCAGAUUUUCUCAUCUAUCUGAUGUAGCAUCAUACCCAACAUGACGAAACUACUAUUUUGAAAGGAAACAAGUUUUAUCUUAGUGAUGUUCUAUUGUUCCUUUCAGUAUUGAUAAAAGUGUCGUCCCGUUUUAUCUACAAAUACGAAUUUCGGCGAAAAUAAUUCAGAACAUCGUAUCGAAAAUGUAGCCCUACCUCUUUGAAAGAAAGGAAAAGCAAUUAAAAAGAAUGCCUAAAAAAGCUCAUCGAUACGACACAAACUUAUUUCAACGUGAACUAUUACUUUAAGACAGCUGAAAUACCUAAAAUGUUAUGUACAGUUCAAUGAAGUGUGUGGAAAUAAAUUAUUAAGACUCA